AUGACAGUGGUAAAAAAUGAUAGAAAUGAGCUAAUUCCUACAAGAACAGUCACCGGAUGGAGAAUGUGUAUUGAUUAUAGGAAGCUCAAUGAACCCACAAGAAAAGACCGUUACCUGCUUCCCUUCAUGGAUCAAAUGCUUGAGAGACUUGUAGGGCAAUCUUUCAACUGUUUCUUGGACGGAUACUCGAGUUACAAUCAGAUUACAGUAGAUCCUCAGGACCAAGAAAAGACAGCUUUUACAUGUCCCUUCGGUGUUUUUGCUUAUCGCCACAUGUCGUUCGGUUUAUGUAAUGCCCCUACUACUUUCCAGAGACGUAUGAUGGCAAUUUUUGCUGACAUGGUAGAGAAAUGUAUCGAAGUCUUUAUGGAUGAUUUUUUGGUCUUUGGUGCAUCUUUUGGAAAUUACUUAGCAAAUUUAGAGAAUGUGUUACAGCACUGCAAAGAAUCUAAUUUGGUGCUUAACUGGGAAAACUGUCACUUUAUGGUUCAAGAAGACUUCUCCAAAAUUGCUAAACCCCUAAGCAAUUUGUUGAACAAGGAGGUUGUGUUUGUGUUUAAUGAAGAAUGUUUAGAAGCCUUUAACACUCUCAAAGCCAAAUUGGUUUCUGCUCCUAUGAUUACAGCACCAGACUGGGGACAAGAGUUUGAAUUGAUGUGUGAUGCAAGUGAUUAUGCAAUUAACUAUGCCACCAUUGAGAAAGAAUUGCUGGCAAUUAUGUUUGCACUUGAGAAAUUUCGAUCUUAUCUAGUGGGAUCAAUGAUAGUGAUUUACACUGAUCACGCAACAAUUAAAUAUUUGUUGCGCAAAGCUUAUUCCAAGCCACGAUUGAUCAGAUGCAUAUUGCUGCUUCAAGAAUUUGAUUUAGUCAUCAAGGACAAAAAAGGUUCUAAAAAUGUGGUAGCAGACCACCUAUCCAGAUUGGUGAAUGAAGAUGUCACUUCAAAAGAGGCUGAAAUAAGAGAUAAAUUUCUUGAUGAAUCUUUGUUUCUGAUUGCAGGGAGACCCUGGUUCGCUGAUAUGGCUAAUUACAAGGCAACAGGUGUCAUACCUAAAGACCUCAAUUGGCAGCAGAGAAAGAGAUUCUUCUAUGAUGCCCGACAUUAUGUUUGGGAUGAUCCACACUUUUUCAAAGUAGGUGCAGAUAAUCUCCUUCGAAGAUGUGUGACAAGUGAGGAGGCCAAGGGCAUAUUGUGGCAUUGUCACAAUUCACCAUGUGGCGGGCAUUAUGGCGGAGACAAAACAACAACUAAGGUGUUGAGUCAAUACCAUGUGAAUCAUAGAGUGGCAUCCCCCUACCAUCCUCAAAUUAAUGGGCAAGUCGAAGUAUCCAACAGAGAAUUAAAGAAAAUACUAGAAAAAAUAGUGGCGUCAACUAGAAAAGAUUGGUUAGCCAAAUUGGAAGAUGCAUUGUGGGCUUACAGAAAUGCAUACAAAACUCCAAUUGGUCUGUUUCCUUUUCAACUGGUGUAUGGAAAAUCAUGUCAUUUACUAGUUGGAAUGGAACACAAGGCAUAUUGGGCUCUGAAAUUUCUGAACUUUGAUGAGAAGGCAUCCAGGGAGCACAGAAAGAUCCAAUUGUUGGAGCUAGAAGAAAUGCGAUUAACAGCUUAUGAAUCUUCAAGACUUUACAAAGCAAAAAUCAAGACUUACCAUGACAACAAAUUGUUGAAGAAAGACUUCAAACCGGGACAACAGGUACUACUUUUUAAUUCAAGAUUGAAAUUAUUUCCUGGUAAGCUGAAGUCUAAAUGGUCUGGACCCUUUGUUAUCAAGAAAGUUCGAUCUUAUGGUGCAAUAGAGCUAUAUGACCCACAAUCUCAGAAUCCUGAUAGAACAUGGGUAGUAAAUGGCCAGAGGUUAAAACGGUACCAUGAUGAAGAAUUUACAAUGGAAUAUAACACUGUUUAUUUGAUCACCCAUUGA